AGUCUACGUCAGCGCUGCCAGCGUGGAGAGGCAUGACACCAGGAAGUAACACCAUUAAAUUGACUGUACAAAUAGCGAUACGCAAGGAUACUAAAGCAGGAUUUUUGUGCUUUUAGGACUUUUUUCUGAAUAUUUAUAGCUUGCGAGAACGUACAGGGACGCCGGAAGUCCAUGCGAUUCGAUUUUCACCAUUGCAUGGAUAAUCCGCCGGUAAAGAUGAUGGACUCUACACUCGCCGAGAUGGGGAACCAUCUCUCUGAUGCCAUGACGAUUUUGGAAAGUGGGAAAUUAGAGACAGAUCAGGUGAAAGAAAGAAGAAAGCUGAGUUGGAAAGACAUUCCAGGACCUUUACAAGGAGAUGGACAAGACGUUGUGAGUGUACUACAGCUGGUACAGAACCUGAUGCAUGAAGAUGAUGACAAACAGAGUCAUCGCAGGAUGCAGUAUGUUGGAGAGCAGGGACACAUGGCUCUAUUGGGACACAGUCUGGCAGCAUAUAUUUCUGUCUUGGACAGAGAGAGAUUUAGAAAGCUGACCACACGCAUCCUGUCGGAUACCACUCUCUGGCUCUGCAGGCUUUUCAAAUAUGAAAAUGGCUCGGCUUAUUACCACGAAGACGAUCGUGAUGGACUGCUGAAAGUGUGUCGGCUGGUCAUCAACACACAUUACGAGGACUAUGCUACUGAGGGCUUUACUGUGCUCAGCUCUAAACAGCCUGUUAUUUACCAAAGUGCUGCAUGCAGACCUGGCCUGGGACAACAUCUCUGCAGCCAGCUGGGUCUGCCUCUCUCGAGUCUUUGUAUUGUUCCCUGUAACACCAUGUUCGGCUCGCUGCACCAAAUGGAUGUUGCACUUCUUGACAAACUCAUUAAAGAUGAUCGCGAGUCAGGGAAGAUUCCACUGCUGUUGAUAGCGAAUGCUGGAACGCCAGGUGCAGGUCAUACUGACAAACUCAGUCGUUUGAAAGAGCUCUGUGUUCAGUACAAAAUGUGGCUCCAUGUAGAGGGGGUGAAUUUGGCAACACUUGCUCUUGGUCAAGCCGCCUCCUCUGUUACGGCUGCCACCAAGUGUGAUAGUAUGACAUUAACUCCCGGACCUUGGUUGGGUCUGCCGGCUGUUCCUGCUGUCACUCUUUACAGACAUGAUGAUCCUGCUCUGUCUCUCUCAGCUGGUCUGACAUCAAGCCAACCAGUAGAGAAGCUGCGGGCUCUGCCUCUUUGGCUGUCCCUGCAGUACCUCGGGCAUGAUGGGAUUGUAGAGAGGAUUAAGCAGGCAACGCAACUAAGUCAACAGCUGUUGGAACACUUAAAGACACUGGCUUCAAUAAAAACCUCUGAUGUCCUUGACAGUGAAGUGUCUCUCGUCGAGGCUUUGCACAUGGAUGUGGUGUGUCAUUCCCGGGUCCCUGUCAUCUCCGGGGGCUCGCUGCGGGACGUGCUGGGCUCUCUUAUACUCUCUAUUGUGGAGGAUGAACUGAAUUCACCUGUGGUGGUAUUCAGAUUUUCUCAGGACAACAGUGCAUCAUCGAGUGGCGGCUCAAUAGAGGGAAAUGUUGCGGAGGAGAGAGAGAUUCUUGAUGCGCUAAACAGAUGGUUGGGUGAGCAGUUGGCACAGCAGGUGCCCAUGAGUGGUGUGGAUGUGGUUGAGCUGGAAGAUGAGGGCACAUGUGUUCGUUUUAACCCCCUCAUGACCGCAGCAGCGCUUGGCACUCAGGAGAAUGACGUGGCUUCUCUGGUGGAGAAGUUGGGAGAGAUGAUUCAAGUGUUGAGCUGCACCUUGCGCUUCAGACAGGACUUUAAAGAUGAGGUCUUACAACAAGCUUCACUCUCUUAUAUUGAGGACCUGAGCUGGCCCGGUCUUGGAGGCGUGAGAUAUGAGCCCAGAAACACAGACCUUGAUGAAGACAAGAGAAAAAAUAGGGUGGAGAGAGUCAACAGUGACUUACUUAAGAAACUGAAAGAGCUGGAUACAGACCUGAAUUUCUCUGUUGUCUCAUUUACAGGCCCUGAGUUUUGUGAAGAGAAAAAUAGCAUAUUUAUUGGAAUGGCAACUGAGGACCUGGAUGUGGCCGAGUUGGUGGAAACUAUUGUAUCUCUUGGCAGACACAUUGAGGAAAGUGGAAAGUUAUUUGAGAACAUGACAGAAGUAGUAAUGCGAGGCAUUCAGGAGGCAGAGUUGCAGCUUCAGAAAGCCAAUGAAGAGAAGCUCAUAGAAGAGGGUGUACUUCGACAGAUCCCUCUGGUGGGCUCUAUGCUCAACUGGUUCUCUCCAGUACAAGCCUCUGUGAAAGGAAGGACUUUCAACCUGGCUGAAGGUUCUCUAGACAGCACUGAGCCUGUGUACUCCGUUAAAGCCCAGAUGACUAAAGAGUCCUCCCCUGAUUCCCCCAGCACCAAACGGUUUCCAGGCCAAAAACUCUUCCGGCGUCAUGGGGCAGGCUCGGAUUCUAUUAGUGAUACCAGCUCUGUUGGCCAGCUGGACGAAUCGUUCAGGGACACGGCACCCAUCCAGGCUGCCGAUGAAGAUGUGGCAGAGGUCCCUCAGGAACAUCCUUCACAUGCAGAAGAGGAAACCGCCUCAACAGAUCAACGUGUACCAGAGGGCCAGGACACAGAGAGUUCUGAUGCUCUUAGAUAAGACCAUUCUCAGGUGGAUGUCAAUGCAGUUGUGCUCUGUUAAAGAGGAACCUGCAUCUGUGACCUUGAUGCCUUGAGCGAGUCACUUCUAAAAUUAAGGAAUGAAGCAGCUUUAAACACUGGAAUUUCAUUAAAAUAAACUCUAAAUAUAUGUCCAAAUCUCACAUCCCACACCCGUAGUGAUUAAAUAAGCAAUUGCACAUUUUUAUUUUGGUUAAGGCGGGGUCUCUUCACAGUUCUUUAGGUGCACUGCCAGUAUAUCCUUGCAAUAUGGGUGACUUAAGAUUUUGGUUGUGGAUGCUUUCCCUUACUCCAUCUGUAGGUCUGUUUGACAGGUUUUGUCGGCACACAUUAUUUACACAACGAAAGGGCUGUUGUGGCCAUGCUGUCAGGAUUAGUAAUGUUAAAAACGGUUGUCAAAAUGUCUUGUUUGCCAGAAGUUUGCUUUACCCAUUCUCCAAAGGGAGAGACUUAUGAAAAGGUUGUGACGCUGGAAGACUCAUGCAGCUAAUCAAACGAUAGCCUUAUUGCACUUUUAUGUACAGUGUCACACCUUAAUCAGAACAGCUGAUUCCAUAAAUAAUUCCCCUGGUGGCUUUUUAUAGACACUUGUAAAACUUACUGUAAUUCCAUUGAAGUGUGAUGACCUCAGAUAUUCAUCCAGCACUUUUGGCUUUACCAAUGGUGAAAUGAUUAUUAUACUGCUGUCACUGUGAAGAAUGUUUCAGAGAUGUUUCUUUGAGUAUAGUUGUUACAUUUUUAGGAUGUUUAUGAAGGUUAACUAUAAUGUACAGACAUGAAGAGUCUUAUGUUGUUUACAAUGUUGAAUGUGUUGGCACACAAAAAGCAUUGCUACUAAAACAUGAUUCACUCAUAAUCAGCAUAUGAAUAUUGAAUGAAUAGUCCAUCCAUUAGAAGAAUUUUUAAAUCACUACAACAACAUUGCAGCCAUCCUUUUAUCUUAAUUGUGCUUCCUUUUUUUCAAAAUUAUUAUUUUUUAAAUGGUGCAAUAAAUCAAUGGGAGUUUAUUUGGGAAGAGGAAAAUCUUGUGUCAAAAUAGAGUGUUUUUUUAUAAUUACAAUAAUGUUAUUUUACAAUGAGCUAUUAUAUAAAUGUCAAUAAAACUAGCACUAA